AGGGGCGCGCCUGCGCACUGUGCUGGUCUCCAUGGCGGGGCCUCGGAGCCAAGACGAGAAAAAAUGCUGCUGUGAAGACAUAAUUAUAGCUUUCACAUAACUGAAACCCCAACCAUCAUGAUUUAGUGCCCCCCAAAGGAAGAACUUCAGUGGAAAAGAGGGCAUUUCUGGGGAUAGUAGAAUGCUUGAGACCUGAAUUUAAACUCAAGCUCCUUCAUGAAGGUAUUAAAUAAUAGAAGAAAAUGGAAUUGAAUAUGAUACCAGCAUGGAACAGUCUGUUGAUUCAUUAAGAGUCAACCAUAAUGAUUCUGAAGAGUCAAAAACCGAUUCUCAGCAUCUAAGCUGUAUGGACUCCAGUGAGCCUUCUUUUGGACAAGAUGGUUCCCCUAGAGUUUUACCCAUUAAUACUGCAGUGGAUAAUUCACUCACAUCACAGAAUAUACCAGGGCCCCUGACUCAGACACAGACUCUUUCUGCAGAGCAAUUCCACCUAGUGGACCAAAAUGGGCAACCUAUUCAAUAUGAGCUUCAGUCAUUGGGGGAUUCUAACGCGCAAAUGAUGAUUGUUGCCAGCCCAUCAGAAAAUGGACAGGUGCUGCGAGUAAUUCCAUCUACCCAGACAGGAACGACACAAGUGAUUGUACCUCAGGGGCAGCUUGUGGAUGUGAAUAGUCCUCAGGAUGUCUCUGAAGAGAAACCCAGUGACAGAAACUUACCAACUGUAAGAGUGGAUUCUCUAGCAGACAAUAACAGUAGUUACAUUCUUCAUCCACAAGCAUCCCUCACAUUGCCCAAAAAGACAGUGACCAGAAUACUUGAAGAACCUUUUUUGGCUCCACUCCAGCCACUUUCUUCUAACACACCUAUAUGGGCCUGUCGUCUUAGGAGCUGUGAGAAAAUAGGAGAUUCAUACCGUGGCUACUGUGUAAGUGAGACUGAAUUAGAAAGUGUCCUAACAUUUCACAAGCAGCAAACACAGAGUGUUUGGGGGACCCGCCAAUCUCCAAGCCCAGCCAAGCCAGCUACACGCUUGAUGUGGAAAUCCCAGUAUGUCCCAUAUGAUGGAAUCCCAUUUGUCAAUGCAGGGAGUAGAGCUGUGGUAAUGGAGUGUCAGUAUGGGCCAAGAAGAAAAGGUUUCCAGUUAAAAAAAAUCAGUGAGCAGGAAAGCAGGUCUUGUCAGCUCUACAAAGCUACUUGUCCAGCCCGGAUUUACAUUAAAAAGGUACAGAAAUUUCCUGAAUAUAGAGUUCCUACAGACCCCAAAAUUGACAGGAAAAUAAUCCGAACGGAGCAGGAAAAAGCCUUUAACAUGCUAAAGAAGAACUUGGUAGAUGCUGGUGGUGUUCUUAGGUGGUAUGUACAGUUACCUACGCAGCAAGCUCAUCAGUAUCACGAAUUAGAGACUCCCUGCCUCCCUUUAUCACCUUCCUCUUUUCCUAUGUCUUCUCUUGAAGAAGAGGAAACUGCAGUUAGAGAUGAGAACUGUGCAUUACCCUCACGUCUACAUCCUCAAGUAGCACAUAAAAUUCAAGAAUUAGUAUCACAGGGAAUACAACAAGUGUAUGCAGUAAGGAAACAGCUAAGAAAAUUUGUGGAAAGGGAACUGUUCAAACCUGAUGAGGUACCUGAAAGACAUAAUUUAUCCUUUUUUCCAACUGUAAAUGAUAUAAAAAAUCACAUCCAUGAGGUACAGAAAUCCUUGAGAAAUGGAGAUAAUGUAUAUAACUCAGAGAUUAUUCCAGCAACGCUUCAAUGGACUACAGAUAGUGGGAAUAUUCUCAGAGAGACUGUGACAGUUACACUUGCAGAAGGAAAUUCACAAGGAGAAGCAAUUUCCAGCAGAGUGGAAACAAAUCAGACAAGGGGUUCUUUGUCUCCAGAGCCAGCGCACUUGCUGUCCUCACUUUCUUCAUUUCAGCCAAAAAUAUUCACACAACUACAGGGUUUGCAGUUGCAACCAAGAUUCACUUCUUCUGAUGGAUCACCAGCUCUGAUAUCAGUAAAUAAUCACCCCUCCUCCAGUCCUUCAAGACUUCUGGAUUCAACAGGAAGUGCUGUAAUGAAUAAUAAUUCUCUACUGCUUGGUCAAACUCAUUGCCUUCAAACAGAUACAUGCCUAACCCAAAACAAUAGUAUUUCUUCUACCAUGGGUAACCUUCCAGGACCAGAUCAAAAUCUGGUUGCAGUGGAUCAGCUGGUGGAAGUUGGAAAUGUUGAGGAUACAGAGAAUCUGGAAGGGAAUGUUCAUCGGAUUCUGCUGGGAAAUGUGCAGACCAUUCCAAUACAGAUUAUAGACAGCCACCCAGCUCUUAUUGAAGAAAGUCCAGAAGGUACCAUUUCUGUGAACCAAGUUAAGCAAGAACCCAAAGAACCAGCAUUAUCUAUGGAAGCAAAAAAAAAUUUGGACUGUAAGAAAUUGUCUGCUACAUAAAUUAUUGAAGCUUUUCAGAAUUUACAACUCUGGUGACUUCUGAUGUCAUAAAAAAGAAGGUAGGAACUGGAACUAUCAAUAUUUUCAUGUUAUUUUGGAGGUAUUUUAAAGGAGCCAAUAUUUGACUGUCUUGGAGGUCCCAUCAAAAUCUGGUCAACUUGGAAACAGCGUGUUUUUCUGAGGCCCUUUGUGCCUCCUGCACAGGGUCUGUCCAAUGACGACGGUGAGUUUUAGGCCAGUGACUGACAGCCGCCGAGUUGCGAGCUUCUUCUCUCCCGCAGAGGCAGGGACUCCUGAAUAUAUUUGAAAACUGAACAGUUUCAGCCAAGCCGAAGCAUUCUCUCUUCCCAGGGACACAAAUACAACUUAGCUGAGCCAAAGCAGAUGACACAUUUUUGGAUGAUUUUCCUGGAUUUUCCACAUAGAAAAUCAUACCUGGGACUUCCCUGGUGGUGCAGUGGUUAAGAAUCUGCCUGCCAGUGCAGGGGACACGGGUUCGAGCCCUGGUCCAGGAAGCUCCCACAUGCCGCGGAGCAACUAAGCCUGUGCGCCACAAUUACUGAGCCUGUGCUCUAGAACCCGCAAGCCACAACUACUGAAGCCUGUGUGCUGCAGGUACUGAAGCCCACGCACCUAGAGCCAGUGCUCCGCAGCAAGAGAAGCCACCACAAUGAGAAGCCUGCGCACCGCAACGAAAAAUAGCCCCUGCUCGCCGCAACUAGAGGAAGCCCGCACACAGCAACGAAGACCCAACGCAGCCAAAAAUAAAAUAAAUUUAAUGAAACAGAAAAUCAUACCUGGCUAGA